CUGCGGACGCGGUGCGCUGGGUGUCAUUGCCCGGGGGGUCCCAAACAGUGUCAGUGGCGCCGGGAGCCCGGCAGGUGUGUGCCCAGGAACGAUGGCGACAGAGUCCCCGCGCCGCCCCAGUCGCUGCACUGGAGGAGUGGUGGUUCGCCCUCAAGCUGCCACGGAACAGUCAUACAUGGAAAGUGUUGUUAACUUCCUCCAAGAUGUUGUGCCACAGGCCUACAGUGGAACCCCACCAGAAGAAAAAGAGAAAAUUGUCUGGGUCAGAUUUGAAAAUGCAGAUUUAAAUGACACAUCCAGGAACAUGGAAUUCCACGAAAUCCACAGCACUGGGAAUGAGCCCCCGUUGCUGCUGAUGAUCGGCUACAGCGAUGGGAUGCAAGUCUGGAGCAUACCUAUCAGUGGGGAAGCUCAGGAGCUGUUCUCGGUGCGCCACGGGCCGGUCCGAGCCGCUCGCGUCCUCCCGGCUCCUCAGAUCAGUGCUCAGAAAUGCGAUAAUUUUGCUGAGAAGCGGCCUCUGCUUGGUGUGUGCAAAAGCAUCGGAUCUUCUGGCACCAGCCCACCCUACUGCUGUGUGGAUCUGUAUUCCCUGAGAACAGGAGAGAUGGUCAAGUCCAUCCAGUUCAAAACUCCUAUUUAUGACCUGCAUUGCAAUAAAAGGAUCCUCGUUGUGGUCCUGCAGGAGAAAAUCGCCGCCUUUGACAGCUGCACUUUCACCAAAAAAUUCUUCGUUACCAGCUGCUAUCCUUGUCCAGGGCCAAACAUGAAUCCUAUUGCUCUUGGAAGCCGUUGGCUUGCUUAUGCAGAAAAUAAGCUGAUCCGAUGCCAUCAGUCCCGUGGUGGAGCCUGUGGAGACAACAUUCAGUCUUACACUGCCACAGUCAUUAGUGCUGCCAAAACAAUAAAGACUGGGCUGACAAUGGUGGGGAAGGUGGUGACACAGCUCACGGGGACGCUGCCGUCGGGAGCCACCGAGGAGGAAAUCCUGGCUCACAGCAACCUCCGCAGGAGUCCCCUGGUGCCUGGGAUCGUCACCAUCAUCGACACCGAGACAGUGGCAGAGGGACAGGUCCUGGUGAGCGAGGACUCGGACAGCGAUGGCAUCGUGGCUCAUUUCCCUGCUCAUGAGAAGCCCAUUUGCUGCAUGGCCUUUAACCCCAGUGGGAUGUUGCUGGUCACCACUGACACAUUAGGCCAUGAUUUCCAUGUUUUUCAAAUCCUGACACAUCCUUGGUCAUCAUCACAAAGUGCCGUCCAUCAUUUGUACACACUUCACAGGGGAGAGACCGAAGCCAAAGUACAGGACAUCUCCUUCAGCCACGACUGCCGCUGGGUGGUGGUCAGCACGCUGCGAGGCACUUCCCACGUUUUCCCCAUCAAUCCCUACGGGGGCCAGCCCUGUGUCAGGACUCACAUGUCCCCACGGGUGGUCAAUCGCAUGAGCCGCUUCCAGAAGAGCGCGGGGCUGGAGGAGAUCGAGCAGGAGCUGACGUCGAAGCAGGGAGGACGCUGUAGCCCCGUGCCCGGCCUGUCCAGCAGCCCCUCUGGCUCACCCCUCCACGGUAAAUUGAACAGCCAAGACACUUACAAUAACUUCACAAACAACAAUCCCGGGAAUCCUCGACUCCUGCCUCUCCCAAGUUUGACUGUGGUGUUGCCUCUUGCUCAAAUCAAGCAGCCAAUGACAUUAGGGACCAUCACCAAACGCACAGGACCUUACCUGUUUGGAGCAGGAUGUUUUUCCAUAAAAGCUCCUUGCAAAUCCAAACCAGCUCCACAGAUUUCACCCAGUAAGUCUGUGGGAGGGGAGUUCUGUGUCGCUGCAGUCUUUGGAGCUUCAAGGUCGUGGUUUGCAAACAAUUCCGGUCUCAAACGAGAAAAAGAUCAGUCCAAGCAGUUUGUGGUGGAGUCCCUGUACAUCAUCAGCUGCUACGGGAGCCUGGUGGAGCACGUCCUGGAGCCGCGGCCGCUCAGCACCGCGCCCAAGAUCAGCGACGACACCCCCCUGGAGAUGGUCACCUGCCCCAGGGCCAGCUGGACUUUGGUUAGAACUCCUCAGUGGAAUGAACUCCAACCACCAUUUAAUGCAAACCAUCCACUGCUCCUGGCUGCAGAUGCUGUGCAGUAUUACCAGUAUCUUCUGGCUGGCUUGGUGCCACCGGGGAGCCCUGGGCCCAUCACACGGCACGAGUCCUACGACAGCUUGGCCUCCGACCACAGCGGGCAGGAGGACGAGGAGUGGCUGUCACAGGUGGAAAUCGUGACUCACACCGGGCCUCAUCGCCGCCUGUGGAUGGGCCCUCAGUUCCAGUUCAAAACCAUCCAUCCCUCCGGCCAAACCACCGUCAUCUCCUCCAGCUCCUCCGUGCUGCAGUCGCACGGGCCCAGCGACACCCCGCAGCCCCUCCUGGACUUUGACACAGAUGAUCUCGAUCUCAACAGCCUCAGGAUCCAGCCGGUGCGCUCGGAGCCCGUCAGCAUGCCGGGGUCACCGCGGCCCGCGGCCGACCGGCGCGGCGUCUCCACGGUCAUCGAUGCUACUUCAGGGGAAUUGAUCGGAGCACGUAGAACAGAACCAGGAGUUUCUGAGACAUCCACAGAUGCUCUGUCUGGAGUUAAAAUGUUUUCAGUGGUGUUGCUUUCACAAAAAGACAAACUGUUACUCGCUAUACUCCCGCCGUCGUUAUCCUCGUGUAGGAAAUGCUCACGGGAUGCCUUUCCUUGCAUCCAGAACCUCAUGGAUGCAGGCUGGGGGCUGGCACAGAGGCUGUGCUGCUUUCAGAGCUGCAGGCACCAUGCAAACAUCACAGGGUGGGACUGAGCCACGUCUCUUCAAAAUGCAUCCAAAGUGACACUGCACGGAGUGGAUCCCACGCUGACAAAUGACUGGGUCUGGAACCGUAGCUUCCACUUUGGCAGAGCUGCCUGUGAAUUAUGGUUGGUGUUUUCCUAUGUAGAAACACGCUGAAAUUCAAGAUUAAUUUGUUGAACUUCUGUAAAGAGCGUCACCCAGCCCAUCACAAGUUGUGUACUCCAUAAAAACUGCUUGAGUAGAAAAAGGAAGAAAAUCCUAUCAUCACUGCUCCUGCUGGCCUGGCCCAAAAGGACAGGUUUGUGUCCUGAGAGAGGAAGCAGAGCUGGAAAGAAAUGGAAUUGCAGAGCUGGAAAGAAAUGGAAUUGCAGCCCUGCCAGUGCCAGUGGAUCGAUGCAAAGCUGUCCCCUGCUCCCAGCCUGCGCCGUUCGUGCUCGCAGGGUUGAUCUGUCCGUGCCUCCGGCAUCAGCUGGGGAUGAACUGCUGGAGAACAAAAGCUGAUAUUCCUUGUGGCAAUAGGCAGGCAUUCUUGGCGUGCAGGGGAUGAGGGGAAGUGCCCGGCAGCCUCUCUGUUCUUUCAUCUCUUCUUCCAACUCUUUUUGAUUGUUUUCUCCCGCAAAGUUUUGCUCUUGUACGGGGAGAUUUGUGUUUAUAAGCAAAGGGAGGAUGCAGCCCUGCUUACCUCAGAUAGCUUUUCCCAGGCAGUCUCGUGUAUUUGAGGCAAUAAUGGGUUUAGGAAAUUCAUCGAAUGUUAACAGUCACAGGGCUUUUAACCACCUAUCGAUGGAGUGAAAUUUGGCAGAUGACAGAGGAACCUCACGUUUUAUUUUUUUAAAGGCUAAAUAGCUUGUCAGCCGUGCAGAGCCCCUUGAAUUUAUGAGAUCUGAAUGUUGGGGUUUGGGGUUUGUUUUGUUUUUUUCACGUGGAAUCCAGCAGAGUCUCUGACGGAAACUGUUGACCCUUCUUUGUGCUGUUUCUUUACUGUCUCGUCAAACAUCUGGAAAACAGCAUGUUUGCAGUCAUUUCACAACAUAAUUUUGCAUUUACAUCAUGUGUUAUCUGGUAAAAGUUUUCUUGUUUUUUCAAGGAGCGGGGGGGGGAAUAAAAGAAGGAAAGAAAAAAAAAGAAAAGAAAAAUCAGCAAGUCGAAGGCUGCCGUGAGGUCAAGCGGUGCCGGUGGAUGCUGCCUGCACUGAACACAUGUUCAGCUCCCAAAAGCUGAGGCAGUUCCCAAAAAUUUGGUAACCAUUAGAGCACUUCCUAAGUCAGUUCCGGAUGUCAGGCCCGGGCUGGAGGGGGAAGGGGCGUUCCAGGAGAGGGAUUGAGGCUGGCAGCUGAUGGAGCAGAGCACGCAAGGCAGGGCGAGACAGGAAAGGGCCGCUCGGGGAGAGGAUCAGGAGCUCAGCAGAGGAGCUGUGAACUUCUCCUGCGACCCGGGCACGGAGCGCCGCGCGAGCCACCUGAGGGCUCGGGGAUCAGAAAGGAAAUUAAAGGAUCAUUUAAGUGGAGUGGGACCAGACAACUCAAAAUGCCGAUUUUCAUCUCCGAGAGAGGAGCGCUGGGCUAUAUUGAAUUCUUUGAAGUAACGGAGCACGCUUGGUGGAGGGAGGUUUUUUUUUUUUUUUUUUUUUGUUGCAUUCCACGCUCUGGUUUAGCAGCUCCUCUAAUAGAACCCGGCCCUAACUUUUUUCCUAGACCACCUAUUUAUAGUGCUCAAAAGAUUGGACUUUGGAGCACAGCGUGUCCCCUUAGCUGAAUACUCUAUGCUCCUUUCAGUGAUCUGAAAAUAGCUACUUAAGAUAACUCCAAAAUUCAAAUGGCUAUUAAUUAAUAAGCAUAAUUAGAUUAUUUACUUGUAUUUUAAUUAACACAGUAAAUAUUUUAUCUUG